GAGAAGCCUCGCGCCGGAGGGUGCUGGGCACGCGAGCUGCGCUGGGGCCAUCACUUCCCCUCCCUCCGGGCGCCCGGAAGAUGACCCGCUUCGCGCUGACCGUUGUGCGGCAUGGAGAAACAAGAUUUAACAAGGAGAAAAUAAUUCAAGGACAAGGAGUAGACGAGCCUCUUUCGGAAACUGGAUUUAAACAAGCAGCUGCUGCUGGCAUAUUUCUUAAUAAUGUGAAAUUUACUCAUGUUUUCUCCAGUGACCUCACAAGGACAAGGCAGACUGUGCAUGGGAUAUUGGAGAAGAGCAAAGUUUGCAAAGAUAUGACAGUAAAGUAUGAUUCAAGGCUUCGAGAAAGAAAAUACGGGGUUGCAGAAGGCAGGGCACUAAGUGAGCUAAGGGCGAUGGCCAAAGCAGCUGGGGAAGAAUGCCCUGUGUUCACACCACCUGGAGGAGAGACAUUAGACCAGGUAAAAAUGCGUGGAAAAGACUUUUUUGAUAUUCUUUGUCAGCUGAUUCUGCAGGAGGCAGGUGAAAAUGAACAGUUUUCUCGAGGAGCUCCAAGCAACUGUCUGGAAACUUCUCUGGCAGAGAUAUUUCCCUUAGGAAAAAACUGUCCCUCUGAAUCUAAUUCAGACAGCAGUGCUCCAGGAUUAGUCGCCAGUGUCUUAGUUGUGAGUCAUGGCGCUUACAUGAAAAGCCUGUUUAAUUAUUUUCUGACUGACCUUAAGUGUUCCUUACCCACAAGUCUGAACAAAUCUGAAUUUAUGUCAGUCAGUCCCAAUACAGGGAUUAGUCUCUUUAUCAUAAACUUUGAGAAGGGACAAGAAGGGAAGCCAACAGUUCAGUGUGUUUGCAUGUACCUACAGGAUCAUCUCAGUGGAAUGACUGAAACUUGCUAAAUUUAAGUCUACAUCAAAAUCUAGCAGUUUUGAACCUCUGAGGGAGUGCCUUUGGCUUUAUUUCCAUCCUC